UUGGGGCUGGCCGCCGUGGAGCGAGCUUGUUCUUGCGAAUUUUCGCUGUUUGUUCGUCGUUUCUUUCGGAUAUGGCCUAUCGUUCGCUGUUCCCUCGUCUGGUUGCUGAGGAAUCCGUGGAAAUGGGGGGCGAUUUGGUAAACCCUUGAUGGAGACGAACAUGUGUAUAUGCUGAUUUUGGUUGUUUCACUAAUGGUUGCAAAUCUGGGGUCGGAUUAUGCGCAUUAGGGAGACGUAGCCAUGCUUAAAGAUACAGUACAUUAAUGCAUUACUACUUGCUACAGAUCAAUUAAAUUAGUAUGGGUAUAAAAACAAGCAUUGGGUUCGUGGACAUUAAGGCUGCUUUAUUGUUGCUAUGAUUAUAGUAUACCAAGCGCAUUGAUGUAUUCAUUAGGAAAAUGCGGAAAUAAAUGUACGGCGUUACACGAUAUUCUGUGGACCAUGUUUUUUCUAAAAUGGAAAUUCAGAAAUUGUCGGAGUAAUCUGAGGAAGCGUAUGGUUAGAGUCACAUUUGAAGCUUGGUUCUGAACGGUGGAUAUCGGGUUUGCGCUAACUUUGUUUAUGUGUGCUUCCAUGUUGGACAGCGGGAAAUAUCAUGCAAUUUAAUGGCUAUUCAUAAUUCUUUGCUUCAUAAAUUUUGUAAAUCAAAUCUUUACACUUUACAGUAGCAAAAUACUGUGGAAUGAACACAAGUUGUUGCUUCCUUCAAUUGAAAAUUAGGAAGAAUUUUCUGUUCUUUUUUUAUUUUUGGAAAAUUUUAGAAAGAACACAUGGAGACAAGGAAAAGAAUAAAACGGCAUGCAAAAAGUGGGGGAAAAAGAGGGAGGAUGAGUUGGCCGUCUUCCCCGCACCGCUACCCCGUCACGAGAUAGGCACUCCGUCACCCUCCCCCCGUGUCCAUCUGCUGCUUAUAUCUUGCAUCCAUCUUCUCCCAUCAACAGAUUCCAUCCAUAAGCACUGCUGCUGCUCUCUUCUAUAUGCAGCACAUCUUUCCUACGUACUAACUGAAAUCUGAUCAGUUACUUCUUGGUGGUAUUUGAUCCCCUCACGAUCCGUUCUUCAUCUCUGUGUGGAAUGCUCAUGGAAGCAUUCCACAAAUCAAAGAAGAUGGAGCAAAAACCGAAUGAGGAUUUAAAUAAGCCUCUCCUUGAAAUUCUGGAUGAUCACUCUAGCCAGAGUAACACUUUUCCUGGAAAUGUUGUUGGAGAAUCUUCAAAAGUUCAAACAAGCAGGAGUGAUACUUCACCAAGAAGUCAUGGAAUAAGUGAUUCUGGCAGGACUUAUCCUGCUGAUUCCUGCACUCCGCAAGGAGAAACUCAUGUGAUCGAUGUUACAGAUGAUACAUCUGAAGAGUUCCAUUUGGGAAGCACACUGAAGUGUACAAAACAGACAAGUUGGUCAAGGCCUGAUAAAAAACACAAAAGAUGGGGUUCUGGAGAGGAUAAUAAGAAUGGAAGCAUUUCUCUAAAAGAUAAUACAUAUCGAAGCAACCUAGACGUAGAGGUCAUUGCUGGCCCAUCUCACGGAAUAAGUUGUUCCCGACAGUCAACUAGUCCUACAAUCCCGAUAACUCUUGGAAGGGUCCCCCCAAGUGAUUUGGUGUUGAAGGACUCUGAGGUGUCAGGGAAACAUGCUCGAAUAAAUUGGAAUGCAAAGACAUUGAAAUGGGAAAUUGUGGACAUGGGCAGCUUGAAUGGGACAUUUGUGAACUCUCGGGCAGUUCACCAUCCAAAUGUUGGGUCCAGGCACUGGGGUGAGCCAGCUGAACUAGCAGAUGGUGACAUUAUAACUCUAGGAACUUCAUCAAAACUAUCUGUCCAGAUCUCACUGCAAAAUCAGCGAGUCCCUGCUGGGAUUGGUAUGGCAUCUGAUCCAAUGGUGGGCCGUCGAAGUGGAAAGAAGCUUGCAAUGGAGGAUAUAAGCUUUUGCCAGUGCCCUCUGCAGGGUGUUGAACAGUUUGGACUCUUUGGAAUUUUUGAUGGACAUGGUGGUGAUGGAGCUGCCAGAGCUGUCAGCAAGAUUUUUCCAGAAAAUGUGGCAACUCUUUUGUCUCACCAUGAGACAAAAGAAAAGGUUCUUUCAUACUCUGAUGCUUCUGACGUUCUUAGAUAUGCUUUUACUAUGACAGAAGCUGCAAUCGAUCAUGAGUAUGAGGGGUGCACAGCAACAGUCCUGCUGAUUUGGUUUGAUCAAAAGAAAGACUGUUUUGCCCAAUGUGCUAAUCUAGGUGAUUCAGCUUGUGUUAUGAGUGUCAAUGGAAAGAUGAUUGAAAUGACUGAAGAUCAUCGAGUAGCUAGUGUAACUGAACGAGCUAGGAUAGCAAGAGCUGGACAGGCCCUGAAAGCUGGCGAAGUCCGGAUUAAUGGACUUAAUCUCGCCAGGAUGUUCGGAGAUAAGUUUCUAAAAGAGCAAGAUUCACGCUUCAGCUCAGAACCAUAUGUGAGCCAAGCUGUUCACAUUACAAAAGCAUGCACAGCUUUUGCAGUUAUUGCUAGCGAUGGGCUCUGGGAUGUUAUUAGUACUAAAAGGGCAGUUCAGCUUGUUGUUGAGGGUAGGGAGAGAAACAGUGGUGAUAGUGCCUCGGCGGACAAAGUAGCCAAUCGUAUACUAAGUGAAGCUAGGAAUUUGCGAACCAAGGACAAUACAUCCGUAAUAUUUGUAGAUUUUGACAUCUUGAGAACAGACCAUUGUAUUGCCAAAUGAUUUUGACUAUUUUUGGGACACCAUAUUCCAAGAAAUCAUUUGCCUGGCUGUUGCUCGUCGCUUCCAUAAUUUUGCUUCAGCUAUGGUGUCAAAGAUGCUGCAAUGUCAUGAAGUGUUGCCUACCUAUCCUGUGACUGUAAAUUAUGUGGACUUUUAAGUUAGCUUAUUAUUGGAUCUGAUAGACUGAUGUAACCAGUGUCAUUGCCUUCAUACACUGCCUCAUCAUUUGAUUAGGUGGUUAUCUUUCAGUA